AUGGAUCGUGAGCGCCGAAGACAGGUUAAAAUUGUUACUGCCUUUAUGGCACUGAAUGUCCUGUCAAACAGCCUCAUGGACGUGUGCGACAUGGGCACUUCCACUACGACCGUCCAGCGAGGUAGUGGUUCACUGCAUAUUCCAUCAUCGAUUCCAGCAUGGAUACCCAUAGUUGCCAUCCUCGGAGUUCGUACGUAUGCAGACGCACUUCUGGGAAGAAAGAAACGCCGUCGCUUCUGGUCCGCGCUGAGGGGCCAAGGAGUCUGGGAGACUGAUUUCCUCCGUAACUACCCGCUCAUGACUAUGCAGUAUCGUGUUCCGGAUUUCGAAAACGCGCAGUAUAUUGAUCAUUUGCGCAUGGGCAAGGAGGAAUUUUGGCGAUUUCACGAGGAGUUCGGACGAUUGCUGGCAAGAAAGGACACAAAAUGGAGAGCGUCUAUUCCUAGCCACAAGCGACUGGCCAUCACGUUGCACUGGCUGGCACAUGGGCCUACCUUCCGGGAACUGGCGAGACAGUACGCAAUCGGCAAGUCCACCGCCGUCCACAUCGUUCAUUCAACCGUAGACAUCUUGUUUAAAGACAUGGCGCCUCGGUCAAUCCGCUUCCCAGAAGGGAAAGAGCUGAAGAAAACCAUGCAAGAAUUUGAAGAUUUAGCAAAGCUUGAGAGAUGCGGAGGAGCUGUGGACGGAACGUUUAUGAAAAUCAAAAAGCCACAGGUGCAAUUCGCAGACUGCUACUGGUGUUAUAAGAAGUACUCUGCCAUCAUCAUCCUAGGCACAGUUGAUGCAUGCGGCUUGUUCCUGAAUGUGAAUGCUGGGCGUGCUGGGUCGGCCGGUGACGCUAGCGUUUACGCUUCAUCUCGGCUGGCACGCAAGAUUGGUGAGCGGAAGUGGCUCACGAUCAAGGAGACUGAAACUGAAAAGUUCACGAUCCAAGGCUCGUACAUUCGUCCGUAUCUUGUUGGCGAUUCUGCGUUUCCUUUGUCCGCCACGCUCAUGAAGUGCUAUGAUGACAAUGCGGCCCUGCUUCCCUGGCAGCGGACAUUCAACUAUCGACUAAUCCGUACCAGGCGAGUGGUAGAGCAGGCGUUUGGGAGGCUGAAAGGGCGAUUUAGGGUCCUGGUGCACAAUAACUUGAAUGACCCAGAGUUUGCCAGUCGUGUAGCUAUUGUCUGCUGUGCCAUUCACAAUGUAUGCGAGCGCUGGAGAUGUCCAGUGGAAGCAACAUGGCUCAUCGACGAUGCGACAUACGACAAGUACCAUCCUGGGCCGAACGAUCAGCCCAAUGCGGAGUUUGAUCAGGCUGGCUUGAGUAUUCGCAACAAGCUAGCUCAGUACACCCAUCAGCAGCAUCCCAUCGCAUGA